CCUAUGACGAAGUCGGCGCCUUUUACGCACAGAACGUGUGCGCCUCUUACGCACGGGGACUGGCCACAGUGCGCCGGCGGCCACGUUACGUAAGCGCGCAGCCACGGCAGCAUUCAAACCGACUGCGAGGCUCCAGGAAACUUUUUGUGCAGUUUCAAAGUCCGAGAGCUUCCGCGUCUUCUCAGUCGAACUGUGCGCACUGCGGUGCCGACAUGUCGUCUUCCAGCAGCCUGUGUCUGAGCGAGGUCAGGAGGGUGGCCGUGUUCGGAGGGACGCACGGGAACGAAAUGUCCGGAGUGACGCUGGUAAACCUGUGGAAGAAAAACAGCGCUGAGAUCCAGAGGAGAGGGGUCGAGACCAAACCCUUCAUCACCAACCCGAAGGCUGUGGAGAAAUGCACCAGAUAUGUAGAGACGGACCUGAACCGAGCCUUCACCCAAGAGAAUCUCAGCGCCCCAAGUGGAAGUGACCUUCCCUACGAGGUGCAGAGAGCUCAGGAGAUCAACAGAAUAUUUGGACAAGGAACCCCUGAGGCCUACGAUGUUAUUUUUGACCUCCACAACACGACGUCUAACAUGGGCUGCACUCUGAUUCUGGAAAGCUCCAAAGAUCACUUCAACCUGCAAAUGAUGAGCUACAUCAAGAAAGCUGUGGCUCCUGCCAGUUGUCUUGUUCUCCUGAAUGAACAUCCUCUUCUCAGAUACUGCUCUUCACGUUUCGGUCGCCAAGCACCCCGAUAGGUGAGUGUGGAAGUGGGUCCUCAGCCCCAGGGUGUGUUAAGGAGUAACAUCUUUGAAGCCAUGAGGGUAAUCCUAAAACAUGCGCUGGACUUCAUCGAACUCUUUAACAAAGGCGUUGAGUUCCCAUCCUGCACAGUGGAAGUGUUUUGCGUCUCAGAGACGAUCGACUACCCACGAGACACCAAUGGGAACAUCAUCGCCAUGGUGCACCCCAACCUGCAGGAUUGUGACUGGGAGCCACUGAACCCCGGUGACCCUAUGUUCCAAACUUUUGACGGGAAAACCAUCCACUACCAAGGCUCCGGGACAGUCUACCCCACUUUUAUUAAUGAGGCGGCCUAUUAUGAAAAACAACAGGCAUUUGUAACCACAAGGCGAGAAACGUUAGUGGCGAGCGCCAUCAGAAAAGCCUAAAAAUGAUUCUGAGGUUAAAUACAAGUUAACCUCAGCAAACGCCUGUGUAAUGAAUUUGUACUAAAGUUUAGUCUCAUAUAACAAUUACAUUUCCAAACAGCAUUUUAUUUUUUAAAAAAGCAUUUACAAUCAGAACAUACCUAUGCAAAGAACAUUUUGGAUGAUUUGUUGAAGAUUAGUGUGAAGAUGUAUUUGAUACAAAUCAGCUUAACUUUUAUAAUAUUAUAAGCCAGGCUUAAUCAAUGCUGUCUUAUAAUUCAGCAUAAAUUAAUUUCAGGUAAAAUGCUCAGGAAUGCCUGUUAGAAUCACAACAUGCAACCUUUGACUGAAAACUGGUGGCAUUCAUCAAGUUGCCUUAAUAGUGAUUUAAAGGAGUCAUACUGUAACUUUUACAGUAGAAUGUAAUUGAGAGUUUAUAUUACAUUUCCUGAAAGUCUCACACGUCUAUGUCUGCAUGUAAAAAAGUCCCCUGUUAUUUUGAUACAGCUCGUUUCAGACUUCUGUGACUUAUGUCAAGGAUGUCCACAACUCAUGUAGGUGGAGGUGAACCAUACUGCCAUCUUGUGAGGGGCAGAUCACACACAAAAUCAAAACAAAGAAAAGCUUGCACAUUAUGCAGCAGGAGGUUGUAGAAAUUAAUGUGACCAAACUGAUUUUUUUAAUAGUAGAGAAAAAAAAAAAAUCAAAAUGUAGCCCAAACUCUAC